CUUCAACUCCUCCUCCUCCUCCCUCUAAUGCCUGUAACUCACCUCGGAGGCUGGGCGAGGAAUCCGGAGGGGAGAUUUUCCUCAUGCUCACCCCUGCUGGAAACUGGGAGAGUGAGAGGAAGAAGGAAGGGGAUCUGUGGCGCUCUCUAUCUACUACCGGCCUGACAAGGGGAGGGGGCACCUAGAUUUGCAUCGUUUCUUCGUGGUGAUUGAGAACUGAAGGUUCAAUCCGAUCCCACUGGGCACUGGCGAUUGAUUAUUUUAAAAAUCGACCCUGGGAGAAGGGAGGCUGUGUCUUCGGCUGUCAGACGCGAUAUCGGAGGUGGUAUUGGUGUGUGAGUGUGUGUGCUGUUUUUUUUUUUUCUUUCUUUCUUUUUUUCCCCCUUCUCUCCUAGGGGCUACACAAUGGCAGUCUUCUUUCAGUGAGAUGAAUCCUGCUUUGCCUUCUGCAGACCCACCCAUCCUCAUAGCGAUCAAGUAAAAGGCUAUGGUUUUCUCUUUGGGGAUCUUUUGUGCAUUACUGUUCUCCCUGAUUAGUUCUGGUCUCAGUUGGGAUUUCUUUGCUUUUUUGUUUGGCUUCAUGCUGAAAAAGGAUUUCCCCCCCAACCUUUUGGUAAUAAUCCAGUGGUGAUCAAGAGGGAUAAAUCAUUCACCCUGGCCGAAAAAAAACAAUCACUGAGAAGUCUCAAAGAAAUAUACCACGUGAGGGGAAAAAACUGGGAGAAGAUCCGGAAUAUUAUCGUUUUUCCUAUGGUAAAACCGGUGCCCCUCUUCAGGAGAACUGAUUUCAAAUUAUUAUUAUGCAACCACAAGGAUCUCUUCUUUCUCAGGGUGUCUAAGCUGCUGGAUUGCUUUUCGCCCAAAUCAAUGUGGUUUCUUUGGAACAUUUUCAGCAAAGGAACGCAUAUGCUGCAGUGUCUUUGUGGCAAGAGUCUUAAGAAAAACAAGAACCCAACUGAUCCCCAGCUCAAGGGUAUAGUGACCAGGUUAUAUUGCAGGCAAGGCUACUACUUGCAAAUGCACCCCGAUGGAGCUCUCGAUGGAACCAAGGAUGACAGCACUAAUUCUACACUGUUCAACCUCAUACCAGUGGGACUGCGUGUUGUUGCCAUCCAGGGAGUGAAGACAGGGUUGUACAUAGCCAUGAAUGGAGAAGGUUACCUCUACCCAUCAGAACUUUUUACCCCUGAAUGCAAGUUUAAAGAAUCUGUUUUUGAAAACUAUUAUGUAAUCUACUCAUCUAUGCUGUACAGACAACAGGAAUCUGGUAGAGCCUGGUUUUUGGGAUUGAAUAAGGAAGGGCAAGUUAUGAAAGGAAACAGAGUAAAGAAAACCAAACCAGCAGCUCAUUUUCUACCCAAGCCAUUGGAAGUUGCCAUGUACCGAGAACCAUCUUUGCAUGACGUUGGAGAAACGGUCCCGAAGGCCGGGGUGACGCCAAGUAAAAGCACAAGUGCGUCUGCAAUAAUGAAUGGAGGCAAACCAGUCAACAAAAGUAAGACAACAUAGCCAGAUCCUCACAGGUGUUGUGACUUACUCGUCCUGAGCACAGUUGAGCGAUUUAUCCUUGCCAGACAUUUCUGCCACCGUGGCUGAGGAGCAGCUGGAAGUAAGCGGAUGCUUGCUCUUUGCUGUCUCAAACUUCUUGGUUGCAAGUGGAUAAAUCUCAACCUGUUGCACCCCCCACAGCAAGAAGACACCUGGAUAACCAGCUAAACUCAGACCAUGGAAUGCCCUACCAGAUAUGGAAUGCCUUUUUAAUAUCUUUUCUGUGACUGUGACACUUCAUGUGAAUGACAUACUUCACAAGUACCCUCGAUACUUUGCCUGCUGACAGCUACCCAUAAUCCUUUUUGAGUCCUGUUUCAGCGAAAUCCAUGUGUUUAAGUUCAAUUUUGUAGCACACAAAUACUAUUGAUUAAUUUCUAGUUAGAAGCUGUAAACCUGUGCUAUUAUGGAUUUCCCUUCUUCCCGUUUUUACAGGGCUGCUCGCUCCACUGUUUGUGAAUCUUUGGCAGGGGUUGUGUUCCUUUAAAUCUUAAAUGUUGCAGUUGGCUUAGUUCGAAGAGCGAUCAGGAAAUCAGGAAGCCUUCUAAACCUAUUAUUCCAAAUUACAUCUAUAAAGAUUAAGAGUGUUGUCUCUGGCUCACACGAUCAAUUAAACACACAUAUACGCUCUAUUCAGUAGCAGGUACUGUGCUCCUGAGGUUGGCGUUUCGGGGUGAGAAACGGGUCAAACACAGUCCAAGGGAAAUUCUCUGUGAUAUGUGUUUGACAUCCCCCUAUAGUUUCUUUGUGUGUGUGUGUGUUUUAUACAUAUCACAAGCUUACUGGUAAUGGUAACAUUUGCCUUGCCCAGCGAGCAAGACCCACUGGUUUUUGAGAAAGUGGGUCCAAAGAACUCUGUAGGCCUUGUAGGCCUGAUUAAGGUUCAUUUUUCAUCUACUAAUCCUCAUUAUUUGGGAAAAAAGGAAAAAAAUUAAUAAUUACAACCUACCAGAGUUGCGCUACCUAAAUCCAUUUCAGAUAUAAUUCUUCCUGUUUUUAAUGAACUGAACUUAAUGCCAUCCCGGGUUUUGGCUGCGUUCCACUCAUACUCAGCAGAGCAUGGGCAAGGCGGCUGUUGUGUUCUUUUCUGCAGCAGCAAUGCAAACCUUAGUUAUAAAUUAGACUUUAAUAUUUUUGGUGUUUAAUGACAAGUUUUUAAACUGGACACAUUAGGAAAAAAUAUUUUUUUUAGCUCAGCAUGCUGAGUCAGGUACUGUGUAUUUCACCAGUCCAUACCUCUAACUCAGUGUAUUUGGGUCCAGGUUGCCCAAUGGCUGGGGUAGAGGUGCCUUGCCAUGAUCUCAGAAUGCAGUCUGUCGAAUUAUCCUAGAUACAAUUAAAGGCAAACCAACAUGAUCAAACAUCAGGUUUUGGGUCCACUCAACUGAUUUGCUUUUGUUUCAUUUGCUUUCUUAAUUUCCUUUUAAAUAAUUCUGAGCUGAGGAAAGACAACUACCAAGAAAGGCCAUGAACAGUUGACUACACAGUGAAGAAACCAUGCAAAAUGUUCAAUAUUGGAUAUAAAGAGUUUCAAAAUGUUUAAUACUAACCUGUUUGGAAAUAUAUUUGUUAACUCUGUGUAUACUUAAUAAAAUUCAAUGUUUUGUUCUCAGAAGAGUUAGUUGAGACCAAACUGAACCUCAUUUAUAGAAAACUAUAUGUGGGAUCAAUAUACUGGCCUCUUGUUAUUAUUUCCAUGUGGAAGGAUGACCCACUCACCAUUUCCCCCCACCUGCACUGUACUUACUAGGAAAUUAUUUUGUCACUGCUUUUCUAAGUCUCCAUGACAGCCCUUACCCAGCAUUUUAAAAUAUUAGCCUGCUUUGCUGAUUAAAAAUUUAGUAUAAAAUUAACUGUUUAUGCUUAUUUCAUUUUCAUAUUGGAUUCCAUUUUAAUAAAUAAAAAGUUAGCAUAAUGUUUGAGUAGAUUUAUUGUUGAUAAUGCUGAAGUACAAAUACAACAAAAUGAUUCUUUUGACCAUUCUUGAUUUCUUGUUAUGCUAUUUUGAAGCCUAUUGUUUUUAACAGGGUAAGUUAAAAUACAUUGAAUGGAUUUCAUUAACCAAUUAUUUAGGGGAGACAUAUAUUCCAUAAUAUGUGGCAAACUGAAUAAUUUAACUUGAAAUUUCAAUGACAUGGGCUUAAAGACACUGGUUACUCCAACACACACACACACACACACACACACUAAUUUGUUUUUGAUAAUCAGCCUUACUUGCUGGUUUCUUUUUCCCCUGCAAGCCUCUUUAUUGGUUAAAAUUAAGACAAGAUUUAUUUUUCUAAAUGACUGAGAUUUUUGUAAAUGUGUACCUCUGUUUUGUUUUUUAUAUGAGUUGCCUAUAAGGACAUUUAUCCCUAUGAAAGGAUGUCAAAAUACUUUCUUCUCUAACAUAUGUUUAGACAUAUUGCAGAGGAAUCUUUGUUAUUUGUAAAUUAGUUCAAUCAUUUCCUUUGUGUCUGGUCUCACCUGUUGCAUGGGACGAGGACAGCACUAAUGAACUGCAUGUAGGAUCUGUGUUUCCAGAACUGUUGGUAUGUAUUACUCAGUUUACAUACAAAGAGUUUGCAUUGUACCGUUUCUGUGUUUAAUAUCAUUUGUUGUAUUCACAAAUACAACACACCGAAUAAAAUAUUUAUAUGAAGACGUAUUAUAAAACAUCAAACAACUUUGUGUAAUGAAAUGGCAUUGCAUCACCCACAAAUAUAGAGAAAUGUCAUGUAAAUACGUUGGUAAACUCAAUUUUCCCUUUUACCAUGCCAAAGAAAAUUUUAGCUCUUUCAUGAUACCUCUCUUGCUAUUUUUCUGGGAUAAGACUCCCUCAUUUUUUCCCCUCAGAAAUUAAGUUUGCUGUUAUUAAGUGCAAUCUGUCACUACUGAUGUUCUCUACAGUAAAUCUGAUGGAAUUCAUCUGUACUUACAUACUGUGUUUUGUACCUCCAUUUACAUGUCAAUUAUAUUGAGUUUAAUAUCACAUUCUUUUUGCAUGCAUACCUGGUGUGGGAAGGUUAUUUCUACCGAUUUGUUGCGGUGUCUGAUUGCUUUACCCAUCCCUCAACAAUGCUCGGGAGUAUUGAUGGUUUUGAUAUUUCAAGUAACACCAUUUUCGUUUUCUUAUAAGUUUGCUUUGUAAACUCUUUUGCUAUAGUUUCACUUAGAAAAAUUAUAGAAGAGAUGCAAGUGGUCCACCCUAUGUACAGAGUAUAAUAGUACUGAGCAUCAUUAUAAAUUCUGGAGAAUUUAGAGAUUCUUUUUCUAAAUGUUUGCUUGUCCUGAGUGUUCUAGAGUAGGGGAUGUCUUCAGGAGCUCCACCCUGGGCCCAUAAGACUCCUGCGGCAGUCCUUCUAAUUGUUUGCCUCUUGGAGAGUAAGCAUAGUUUAUCAUACCUAGCCAAUUGCUUAAUUAAUGCCUAAAGCACUAAAACAGUGAGAUGUUUUCAGGAUGACUAAUAUCAGAUUUAUUUCCUUUUAAAAACAAAACAAAACAGAAAUGGAAUAA